AUAAAAAAAACAAUUUGUCACAACAAAAUAAUUCAUAUUCAUCGUAUGCAACAAUCAAAACAGUAAUCUUCUUACUGUUAUAAGUCUUUUUGGGUCUUCCAACCCCAUUCAUUAGCAUAAUCAUAAAUCAUGAAAAAAGGGUGCUUAGGACCCAAUCUGAAGCUCACUGUUCCUGUUCCUGCAACUCAUCACCCUUCUUUUCCAAGCUUCCUGAAUGAAAGCGGCACGUUUAUUGAUGGGAACCUGCUUGUCAAUGGCGACGGAGUUCUGAUCGCUUCUCAGGGUGAAGUGGGAACUUUGUGUUGUUUUCAGCCACCCCCAGUAAGGGCAAUAGACAACAAACUAAGUUUGGCAGACAUUGACACAAUCAGAGUGAUUGGAAAGGGAAAUGGAGGGAUUGUGCAGUUGGUGCAACACAAAUGGACUAAUCAAUUUUUCGCAUUAAAGGAAAUCCGAAUGAUGGUUGAGGAGCCUAUGCACACGCAGAUAGCACGAGAGCUAAAAAUCAAUCAGUCAGCACAAUGUCCAUAUGUUGUUGUUUACUACCAAUCAUUCUACAAUAAUGGGGUCUUAUCAAUCAUCUUAGAGUACAUGGAUGGAGGGUCCUUGGAAGAUUUUCUUAGCAUAGUGAAAACAAUUCCAGAGCCAUAUCUUGCCGCGAUCUGCAAGCAGGUGCUGAAGGGUUUAAUUUAUCUUCAUCAUGAAAAACAUAUUAUCCAUAGGGACUUAAAGCCUUCUAAUUUGUUGAUAAAUCAUAGAGGAGAAGUAAAGAUUACUGAUUUUGGUGUGAGCGCAAUCAUGGACACCACAUCUGGUCUAGCUAAUACUUUUAUUGGCACAUACAGCUACAUGUCUCCAGAGAGAAUUACUGGAAACCCUGGUGGUUACAACUAUAGAAGUGAUAUAUGGAGCUUGGGACUGAUAUUGCUCAAGUGUGCUACAGGAAAGUUUCCAUAUACACCACCUGAUAAAAAAGAAGGAUGGGAAAAUAUCUACCAGCUUAUUGAAAUCAUUGUCGAAAAACCUCCGCCGAGUGCUCCAUCUGAUCAAUUUUCUCUGGAAUUUUGUUCUUUCAUCUCUGCAUGUUUACAGAAAAAUCCAAGGGAUAGAAAGUCAGCUCCAGACCUUGUGAGACAUCCAUUUAUCAACAUGUAUGAGGACUUGGAUGUGGACCUUUCAGCAUACUUCUCCAAUGGAGGAUCUACACCUGCAACCAUAUAAAACUUGGUGUGUUCAAAAGUAAAGAGUCAUUCUAAUUUGAAUUAUGUAUCACUUCAUUAGGUAUCUUGAAUUCAGAUUGGUAUGUUCAUUACCCAGAUGAUGUACCAAAAAGUGAGUGUCGAGAACAAAGAGAGUAUAUGCUAAUUUGUCAUGUACAGCAAGGUUUUUGCUUCUCGGUAGUUAAGUGGUUUGCCAUUUUAAACUGUAACAUGUUUUGAUGCAAAUUAUACAAUAUAAUCGUGCUUUUUACUAUCAAAAUGGUCAUUUGUCUUGACA